AUGGACAGUUCCAACAACGAUGGCCUUCAACAGUGUCUUUCUCCGAGAAAGGAUGUGGAGCGAGCGCCCGACGCGGACAGCCUACAGGCUAGUGUUCAGCGUGCAGAUAUACUGCGCAACACCUGGAGCAAGCAAGGCUUGAUCAUAGCUUUUGUGGGACUCUUCUUAGCUACUCUUGCUAUCAACUUUGGUGAUUAUGCCACCCAGGUUUAUGUUCCCUAUACCACCAGCGCCUUCAAACAGCAUUCCGCCAUGGGCGCUGCUCGAGUAGUCAUGAACAUCACGCGUAUAUCGGCCUAUCCAAUUAUUGCAAAGCUCGGUGAUGUUUUCGGUCGAGCCGAGAUGUUUAUUCUUUCAAUCUUCGCCUCUGUGCUUGGAUAUGUAAUCUAUGCGGCCUGCCAAGAUAUUCCUCAAUACAUUGCAGCGGGAAUAUUCGAGGCCAUCGGUUCUACUGGCUACGCCCUCACGCAGCAGGUUUUCGUUGCUGACGUUACCAACCUGAUCAACCGUGGUAUCUGGUCGACACUCCCAGAUUCAUUAACGACCAUUCCCACGUUAUAUCUCGGAACGAUAGUUGCCCAGCGCAUCUUGGAUCAUUCUACCUGGCGCUGGGGAUGGGGCAUGUGGGCAAUUAUUCUUCCAAUUUGUUCGGUGCCCUUGAUUGCGACCAUGCUGAUUUACCAGCACCGUGCGUCAAUCAAAAUGUCCAACUCUCCAAGACCUGAGCCCGCAGUCUCAAAUCCAUUAUGGAAGCAAACCUUUGAUCUUCUCUGGGUUCAACUUGACCUGCCUGGAGGAAUCCUUCUUGUUGCCGGUCUAUCUCUUCUUCUUAUCCCGCUAUCCCUUACCGGUGCCAAUAACAGCAACGCCUGGCAUAAGGGAUCGUUCAUCGCCAUGGUUGUUCUUGGUAUUAUCCUCCUGAUCGCCUUCUUCGUAUGGGAUGCAUGGUUUGCCAAAAAGCCUUUUGUCCCGUACCGGAUGAUUAACAAUCGCACGGUCGCAGCAGCAUGCAUUCUCGGCGCACUUGACUUCUUUCAUUACUCUGUGUUCUCGGUCUUUUUCACCAGCUAUCUCCAAGUUGCAGGGCAUUUCAGUGCUGGUCACGCAACCAGAAUCGACAACUCUCUACGCGUCGCCUUCCAGGUAUCCGGCAUAUUCGUGGCCUUCUUCAUGAAAUACUCAAAACGCUCUCAGAUAUGGGUUUUUAGUGGCGUUCCUCUCUGUGUACUAGGCAUGGGCGUCUUGCUAUACCUGGUGGACAUGGGCAACGGAAAGGCAGGUAACGAAGCAGCCUUUGUGACGGCCAAAGCAUUGAUCGGUAUCGGUCGUGGAUUCUACCAGACGGCUUCUCAGGUGUCGGUACAAGCGGUUGUUACCAGGCAAGAGGUUUCCGUCGUAACAGCGGUCUUCUUUGCUUCGAUGAGCGUUGGAGGGGCCAUUGGGACUAGUGUGGCUGGCGCAAUAUGGCGCAGUACCCUUCCGUCGAAGCUCCAAACCUAUCUCCCCGACGAUGCCAAGUCGCAAGCAAAGGCCAUCUUCGGGUCCAUUAAAGUGGCACAGAAGUAUCCGCUUGGAAGUCCAAUUCGAGACGCUGUCGACCGCAGCUAUCGCGAGUCUCAGAGGCUGUUGGGUAUUGCUGGGUUGGCUGCUUUGGCGCCCAUGUUGAUUGUGAUGUUCUUUUUGAAGAAUGUGAAGUUGGAUGAGAGACUGGGGGCUGAGGAUGGGGAGGGCGAAGGUCCAACGGAAGGCCAUAGGGCUGAGAGAUGA